CAUCUGCAAAGCCAAAUUUCCUCAGUAAGACUAAUCUUCAGAAAGCUGUCCCUAGUACAGAACUAAAUCCAGUAAGAGCCCCCAGGUGUUCAACAUCAUUUCUGGCAGUGCCCUCUGUCCACACCCCAGAGCACUGGAGAAUUAUGGAAGGGGCAAACCUGAGCCGAGGGAUUGAGUUUGAGCUCUUGGGCCUCACGAGCGACCCCCAGCUCCAGAGGCUGCUCUUCGUGGUAUUCCUGGGCAUGUACACCAUCACUUUGCUGGGGAACCUGAUCAUGUUCUUCCUGAUCCAUGUAAGUGCCACCCUGCACAUGCCCAUGUACUCCCUCCUGAAGAGCCUGUCCUUCUUGGAUUUCUGCUACUCCUCCACAGUUGUCCCCCAGACCCUGGUGAACUUCUUGGCCAAGAGGAAGGUGAUUUCCUAUCUUGGCUGCACGGUUCAGAUGUUCUUCUAUGCGGGUUUCGCCACCAGUGAGUGCUACCUUAUCACUGCCAUGGCCUAUGACCGCUAUGCUGCUAUUUGUGACCCUCUGCUCUACCCAAACAUCAUGUCUCCUGAGGCGUGUGUCUCUCUGAUUGUGAGCUCCUAUGGUGCAGGGUUUCUCAAUUCUCUUAUCCACACAAGCUGUAUCUUCAGUCUGAAAUUCUGUGGUGCUCACGUGGUCACUCACUUCUUCUGUGAUGGACCGCCCAUCCUGUCCCUGUCUUGUGUGGACACCUUUCUGUGUGAGAUCCUCCUCUUCAUAUUUGCUGGUUUCAACCUUUUGAGCUGCACUGUCACCAUAUUGAUCUCCUACUUCUUAAUUCUCAUCACCAUCCUGAAAAUGAACUCGGCCCAGGGUAGGUUCAAGGCAUUUUCCACCUGUGCUUCCCACCUCACUGCUGUCUGCCUCUUCUUUGGCACAACACUUUUUAUGUACCUGCGCCCAAGGUCCAGCUACUCCUUGGCUCAAGACCGCACGGUUGCUGUGAUCUACACAGUGGUGAUCCCAAUGCUGAACCCCCUAAUCUACUCUUUGAGAAACAAGGAUGUGAAGGAAGCUUUAAGGAAGGUUUGGGGAAGAGAAACAAUAGAAUAA